GCUGCCCUCGCUGACGCUGUGACGCUCCAAAACACCCCGCCGACACCGGUGUUUCGUGACUGGAUCAUAUUGAAAAGAAAUUGUCAUAAUAACUCUCAUUACGCUGUAGAAUAAAAAUGGUGCUGUGUAGUAUCGAAUGUGUCCAACGAAUCUCUCAAUACUUAGAAAUCCCACCGGGUAAACUCCAAAUAACACAGAGUAACACAAUUGCUGCUGACAAUUUAGUAAAAAACACCACAAUCGAAGGAUUCAGCUCCAUAAUUCAAGCAUAUGCAAAUCUCUCGAAACAGCAAGAGCUUCACCUUGGGAGUGAUAGAAUUACACAAACAUUAGUACGACAAUGGCUGGAAUAUGCAGUUAUGUGUGUGAAUUAUGCUGAUAUUCCUGCAAAUACUAAAAGAGUGCUCAAGGAACUAAAUAUUGCAUUAAGAGACAAUACCUAUAUCACAGGAACAAGCAAGACGAUAGCGGACGUGGCACUGUAUUAUGCCCUACAUUCAAUAAUGAGCGGACUUACAUGUCAGGAGCAAGCUGAGUAUGUCCAUGUCUCUAGGUGGUUUGAUAAUGUCCAGCAAGAAGCCAAAUUGAGACACAAAUUGAAAGUUAUUGAUUUUGAUCUCAUGCAUUUAUACAUCUGAAUGGAAUAACCAAUUGCUCUACGACGUUUUUCAUAAUUUGUAAUUGGAAAUGCCAAUUUGAUAAUGUUUGUUGCCGAAUUGAUAUUGUUUCAAUGGAGUGUUUUUGAUCAUUUUUGAGGCUCAGGAAAGAAAGAAUAAAGAAC